AUAACAAUUACCUUAAGAAGUAGGAAAGGUUAAAAAGUUUCUUAGUAAAAUAAAUGGGCGCCUCCAAAAUGGACUCUUGUUUGAACGUUGGGUUGUGGAGUUCAUGUUCUCUGUCGCCAAAUUGAAGCUUUUGGGAGCACGACUCCCAAAUCAAUGGCCAUCUUUGUCUUCAAGCAAUUGCCCACGUUUACCCCUUUGAAUUUCAAGCCUUUUUUUUUCAAUUUUUCUACCCAGAUACUUUCAAAGCGGGGAAAUUUUGACUCUGCUACAAGGCAGAAAAGCAGCAAGUUUCUCGUUUAUUGCAACUCCCAAAUCACAAAAUUGGGAAGGAAUGGUUGUAUCAAGGAAGCAGAGUCCAUUUUCAAUCGUAUGCCUAACAAGAACACCGUCUCUUGGACUGCUUUGCUCACUGCAUACGCUGAAAACAGCGAAAUAAAUAAAGCCCGUGAAGUGUUCAACAAAAUACCUGACCCAAAUGUUGCAUCCUAUAAUGCGAUGAUUACGGCAUAUCAUCGGAGAAACAUGGUAGAUGAGGCUUUUGAGUUGUUUUCUAGCAUGCCUCAGCGUAAUUCUGUUUCCUAUGCUACCAUGAUCACUGGGUUUGUGCAUGCUGGAAUGUUUGAUAUGGCCGAGAAGUUGCAUCGUGAAAAACCGGUUAUCGUGUCCUCUAAUGUGUUAAUCAAUGGGUAUUCGAAGGUGGGGAGAGUAGAAGAUGCAGUUCGGAUCUUUGAUGGCAUGGCAGAAAAGGAUGUGGUUUCUUGGAGCUCAAUGAUUUCUGGGCUUUGCAGAGUUGGGAAAAUUGUUGAGGCGAGAAAGUUGUUUGACAAAAUGCCUGACAGAAAUGUUGUCACUUGGACAUUAAUGAUUGAUGGGUAUAUGAAGAUGAAUUUUUUAAAAGAUGGUUUCAUAUUGUUUCUAAAUAUGAGAAGGGAAGGGGUGGAGGUUAAUGCAACUACCUUGACGGUUUUGCUUGAAGCCUGUGGUUCUUUUGAUCGAUAUGGAGAAGGAAUUCAAAUCCAUGGGUUGGUUCUAUCCUUGGGGUUUGACGUAGAUGCUUAUCUAGCCAACUCUAUAAUCACAAUGUAUUCUAGAUGUUAUUCUAUCGAUGCAGCUGCUAAACAAUUCGAUUUAAUGGUCAAGAAGGAUAUAGUUACAUGGAAUUCUUUAAUUACAGGUUAUGUUCAAUCUGGAAACUUGGAAAAAGCUGUCUUUCUAUUUGAGAAUAUGCCACAAAAGGAUGUGGUUUCCUGGACAACUUUGAUUUGUGGAUUUGCCAGCGAAGGGAGGAUUGACGAAUUCAUUGGUUUGUUUCAAAUGAUGCCUGAGAAGGAUGCUAUUGCUUGGACUGCUGUAAUUUCAGGGCUUGUGAGCAUAGAGGAAUAUGAGAUAGCUUUCCAUUGGUUUAUUAAGAUGCUUCAGAGUGUAAUCAAGCCAAAUGCAUUCACAUUGAGUUGUGUGCUUAGUGCGGGCGCCAGUAUGGCAAUAUUAAACCAAGGGUUGCAGAUCCAUGCUAUUGUGACAAAGAUGAGUAUGGAAAAUGAUCUGUCAAUCCAGAAUUCUUUAGUUUCCAUGUAUUCAAAGUGUGGAAAUGUGGACGAUGCAUUGAAAAUGUUCUAUUAUAUCAAGGUUCCUAAUGUUGUUGCUUACAAUACCAUUAUCACUGGGCUAGCUCAAAAUGGACUUGGGAAAGAAGCACUUGAGAUAUUCACGAAAAUGCAGGAUGAUUACCUUGUACCUAACCAUAUUACAUUUCUAGGUGUUCUUUCAGCAUGUGUCCAUGUGGGACUUGUAGAAGAGGGGAGAAGAUACUUUGAUCUAAUGAGAUCUUUGUAUGAUAUUCAACCUGAGCCUGAUCAUUACGCUUGCAUGGUUGAUCUUCUUUGUCGUGCUGGAAUGUUCGAUGAAGCAGUUAGUUUGGUUUCUUCAAUGCCAUUUGACCCUCAUCAAGGUGUUUGGGGAGCAGUGCUUGGGGCAAGCUGGACCCACCUCCGUCUUGAUGUUGCAGAGCUUGCAGCUCAAAAUCUCUUUGAACUGGAACCUAAUAGUGCAACACCUUACGUGAUUUUAUCUAAUUUACAUUCUAUUUCUGGUGAUGAGAGAAAACAUGAGCUUAUAAGGUUGAUGAAGAAAUCAAGAGGGUUAAAGAAGAGUCCAGGUUGUAGUUGGAUAAUACUUAAAGAUGAAGUCCAUCUAUUCCAUGCAGGACAUCAAUCCAUCAAAAACAUCAAAGAGAUGACAGAAAUUAUAUACGCACUGGCAGAAGAAGUAGGAAGGUGGAAAACAUCAUAAGAAUGAAAAAAUGGCAGAAUCAGAUUGAUUCCUUGGGAAUUACCAUUACAAAUAUUGGAUUGUAUUUCUUCAAUUUUGUACGAUUGGUUUUGUUCAAAAGUUAAAUAUUUGGAUGACAGUGAUUCUUUGUGUUCUAUUUCUGAUGACGUCAACAUAAUUUCUUUGGUCUGUUGGAAGAAGCCAAAGAAGCAAACUUUUUUACUGAAUAUGGGGAUGCUAACAGAUAUAAGAUCUUGAAGUUAUUGGAAGGGGAAGUUAUGGAGUUAUUUGUUCUGCUAUUGACAUGCAAACUGGGGAGAAAGUUGCAAUAAAGAGAAUUCAUGAUAUUUUUUUAUCACGCAUCUGAUGCUAUUCGUGAUUGUUGCGGCAUCCUGAUAUUGUUGACAUCAAGCGUAGUGUUGCCACCUUCUAAAAAGGCAUUUAGGGACAUUUAUGUGAUUUUUGAGCUUAUGGAAUCUGAUCUUCAUUAAGUUAUUAAAGCAAUGAUGACUUGACGCAUGAACAUCAUCAAUUCUUCCUCUAUCAAAUGCUACGUGUAUUGAAAUUCAUGCAUACAGUGGAUGUGUAUCAUAGAGAUCUGAAGCCAAAGAAUAUAUUAGCAAAUGCCAAUUGCAAGCUUAAAAUUUGUUAUUUUGGACUUGCAAGAGUAGCUUUCAGUGAUACCCCGACUAAGCCAAUUCACUUUCCACAAGGAGAAUGACGGUGAAAGUGCGCCUGUUUUGCCUCUAGCACGGAAAGAAUUCUCCCUGCCACGAUAUGAGGUCCACUGUUUGCACAAAUUUGGUUUCACCUGAUCAUGAACCCUUUUGGCGAAAUCCCAAAGUUUGUAAUGAUAGUAUGGGAUUACCAGAUAGAACAUUUGGGAAUCUAUCAAAGGCUCAUCCUCCACCUAAAGUGCCUACUGGACGAGUUGCUGGACCUAUUCUCCCAUAGGAGCACCGAAACAUAAAAGAUAUUUAUUCAAAGCUAACGUCACAAAUUAGUAGUUUGGAUUUCUGAAUGAGGAAUUUUCUUAAUUCAAUCCCUGAUUUCCUGGCAUUGUAAUUUGAUGAGAUCCUCACAGUUCGCUCGUUCUGAAACUAACGGUUAUUACCCGGCACAAUCAGCAGUAGAUCCAUAGAAUGGUUCAUCCAUUAGAGAAGCUAUUUCAGGCUGAGGCUUAAGUUGGGAGUGGCAGCCAUUGCCACUGCCAUUCCUGCUUAUUGGAGUAACUGAGAUAGGCAUAACCAACAGUAGUGUAUUGCUGAUCGAAAUGGAAUUGCUGUAGUUGUAGGCUUAUAUGCCUUCUCUCAAUGGUCUUUUUGUUAAAUGCAUUUGCUUCUUAUCAUGCCAUGUAAUUAUGAAUUCCUAAUUGUUAUAUAUACAUUUGAAUAAAGAUUUGUAUACUGUAAUAUGAGCUGUGAAUCAUAAUAAAUAGAAUGGUAAAUUGAAACAUUUUUUAAAUUGAA